GGGAGAUUAUAAGAAAAAGAGAAAACAUCUGGAGACAAAAGGCUAGGAGCAAUUGGCUGAAAAUGGGUGAUGCUAAUACAAGAUACUUUCACAAAGUGGAAAACGAUAGAAAGGCCCACAAUGGUAUUACAGGUCUUUUUUGUGAUGGUAGGUGGGUGGAGGAACCAGAGUUGGUGAAAAAACUGGUAGUCAAAUAUUUAAGGGAAUUGUUUCAAGGAGAAUCAUGGAGUAGACCUAAGCCGGAUGGUGUCACUUUCACACAAAUUACUAAGGAGCAGCAAGAGUGGUUAGAAAGGCUAUUUUCAGUAGAGGAGAUUGAAGAAGGGUUGAAGAGCUGUGAAGGGAAUAAAGCACUAGGGCCAGAUGGGUUCAAUUUCAAUUUCAUCAAAUUUGUCUGGAGCAGUUUGAAGAAGGAUUUUGUCAGCUUCUUUGAGGAGUUUCAUCAGCGUGGUAGGUUAGGAUUUGGGAUUAAAUGGAGAGGAUGGAUUAAGGAGUACCUUGCCACAGCAAGGGUCUCAGUUCUGAAAGCAGAGAUGGAAGGGUUGUUGCAUGGUAUUGAGGUUGGGAAAAAAGGGUUGGCGGUUUCGUUGCUCCAAUUCGCUGAUGACACAGUUAUUUUAGGAAGGGCAGAUAGUCAAAAUGUUUUUAUGGUUAAAUCUAUUUUGCGAUGGUUUGAAUUGAUGUUCGGAUUGCGGAUUAAUUUUAGCAAAAGCAGUGUUAAUGGAUUAAAUGUGUUAGAGACGUGGUUAAAAGGGGCAGCUACAGCUUUUAGUUGUGGAGUGGAGGAAUUCCCGUUUAUCUAUUUGGGGAUGCCCGUCGGUGGGAACCUAAGAAACAAAAAGUUGUGGAGUCCGGUUGUGAAAAAGUUCCAUGCCAAACUUGCCAUCUGGAAGUUUGCUGUCCUUUCCUUUGGGGGCCGCCUCAUUCUGCUCAAUUCGGUGGUGAGGGAUAAAUACUAUGGGGGUAAGGAGGUGGUUGAUAUCACUGCAGUGGACACUUGGGAGAGAAUGGGCAGAGAGAGGGAUGAUGAGGAGUUGUUAAUGAAGUUGCUAGGAAAGGGCCAGCUUUGUAGAUUGGUUUGGUGCAAUUUAGUGCCAUCCAAGAGAAAUGCUAUUGUGUUUCAAAAUAAUGGGAGCUUUAAGGAGAAAUUGUUGGAUAUGGUUAAAAUCAAGUCCUUUUCUUGGAUUAAAUCUAAGAAUAUUGGCUCCAUGUUCUCCUUUUAUGAAUGGAUGGAUGACCCAGUUGCUUGUGCAUUGGAGGUGAGGAGGCAUAAAAAGGAACUAAAGAUGUAUUUGAAGCUGAAACAGGGACAUAUAUGAUCGGCAGUGGGGGCUUGAUUGGUUUUGGCUGAUGUGUUUCUAUAAUAAAUGCUGUCAGUUUUGCUAGGUUUUUGUUAUGAUGGUUUAGUCUUUUAUUAUGUAAAUGGGUUGGAGUACCCCUUGUACUCUUGUUAAUAAAUUAUUUCAAUUUGC